AUGGAGCAAAGUAAGGGCAGGAGAUUGAUCUUCUUCCCACUGCCCCUUCAAGGGCACAUAAACCCAAUGCUAGAGCUGGCCAGCGUCCUACACUCCAAAGGCUUCUCCAUAACCAUCAUGCACACCCACUUGAACUCUCUCAACCCUUCAAGCUAUCCACACUUCACCUUCCACUCAAUUCCCGAUGGCUUAUCCGAAAGCGAAGCCUCCACGAAGGACAUUGUCCUCCUGAUUUCUCUUCUUAAUGUUAAAUGCGUUGAGCCUUUCAGGGCAGCCUUGGCUGACUUGUUAUCUAAUGUUUCCAAGGAGCCUGUUGCUUGCUUGAUCGCUGUCCUCCGCUUUCACUUCACUCAAUCUGUUGCUGAAAGCUUCAAGCUCCCAAGGAUGUUGUUAAGGACUGGGGGUGCCACUUCCUUACUUGUUUAUACUCAGUUUCCACUUCUGCAUGAAAAGGGCUACCUCCCCAAGCAAGAUUCUCGACUUGAAGAGCCAGUGGUAGAGUUUCCACCUCUCAAAGUCAAAGACCUUCCUGUAAUCCAUACGCUGGAUCCAGAAAAAUAUUAUCAACUAGUAGCUGGCCGCCUGAAAACGGAAGUUAAGGCCUCAUCUGGACUCAUUUUCAACUCUUUUGAAGACAUUGAAGGAAAUUCACUUGCCACAAUUCGACAAGAAUUCCCCGUUCCAAUUUUCCCAAUUGGCCCUUAUCAGAAACGUUUCACCGCAGCCUCUUCCUCAAGCAGCUUAUUAAGUUUAUCACACGACCAAAGUUGCAUUUCAUGGCUUAACACUCAAGCACCAAAAUCUGUGGUCUAUGUUAGCUUUGGGAGCCUUGCAACACUAAACGAAGCUAAGUUUUUGGAGAUAGCUUGGGGGCUAGCCAACAGCAGCCAGCCCUUCUUGUGGGUGGUUCGAUCCGGAUUAUUCCAUGGCCCAGACCCAUUUCCUGGUGGGUUUUUGGAGGGUUUGAAUGGGAGGGGCCACAUUGUGAAGUGGGCGCCACAGAAACAAGUGCUGGCCCAUCCAGCUGUUGGAGUGUUUUUUAGUCACAAUGGUUGGAACUCUACACUGGAGAGCAUCUGUGAAGGGAUCCCUAUGAUUUGCAUGCCAUGUUCUGCUGACCAGAUGAUGAAUGCAAGAUAUGUAAGCGAUGUUUGGAAGGUAGGGUUGCAGUUGGAGCAUGGGGUUGAGAGAAAUGAGAUUGCAAAAACAAUCAGAAAGCUGAUGGUGGAGAAACAAGGAGAAGAUAUCAAAGACACAGCCUUGAAGCUAAUGGAGAAGGCAACUCUUUGCUUCAAAGAAGCUGGCUCUUCAUACCAAUCUUUGGACAGCCUGGUUAAACAUAUUUUAUCAAUAACAUCCUUCGCUUUUGGAAGGCAGAGUGAGUGA